AAGGCAAAUAGAAGGAAAAAGAAAGAAAAGAUAAAGGAAAGUGAGAAUGGGAAGUGGAAGUCGAGUUCUGGUUUCUCUGUGUUGUUGUUCUUCUCAACUAAGAUUCAAAUCUUCAUUUUCUGCUUCUAGGGUUUCUUCUCAAAUGGCGGCUCAUUCAUCUUCUUCAUCCGCUAUCACCAAUCCUCCUUCUCCUUCUCAAUCCAUUGAUUUCCUCUCUAUAUGUCAUCGUCUCAAGACAACUAAACGUGCUGGAUGGUUACGAAAAGACGUAAAGGAUUCUGAAUCUAUAGCUGAUCAUAUGUAUCGUAUGGGUUUGAUGGCUCUCAUUGCUCCUGAUUUUCCCGGCGUCGACCGCGAUAAGUGCGUCAAAAUGGCUAUUGUUCACGAUAUUGCAGAAGCAAUUGUUGGGGACAUAACCCCGACAGAUGGAAUUCCAAAAGAAGAAAAAAGCCGACGAGAACAAGAGGCACUGGAUCAUAUGUGUAGAGUGCUUGGAGGUGGAUCAAGAGCCAAGGAAAUUGCUGAGUUGUGGACGGAAUAUGAAGCAAAUUCUUCUCCAGAAGCCAAAUUUGUCAAGGACUUUGAUAAGGUGGAGAUGAUCCUUCAAGCCUUGGAAUAUGAAGAUGAGCAAGGGAAGGAUUUGGAUGAAUUUUUCCGGUCAACUGCUGGAAAGUUCCAGACUGAAAUUGGCAAAGCCUGGGCAUCAGAGAUAGUAUCAAGAAGGAAUAAAACUAAAUAGGGUUUGGCUAUAAAAGGGAAAGAAGAAAAAGGGGGCUGUCGUGUUUUUAAUUCGUUUCAAUGAUACAUUCGUCAUUGUUUAAAUAUGGCUCGUCUGAAGCAUGGUGUAAUUUGCAAAAAUGGAGAAAUGUUAGCUGUGUCGGAAGUAGCAUGUAGAAGACAUUUUCACAGGGAGAGGUAACAACAUCAUCUAACUGAAUAUCAAAUUUUUUCAUCAGCUCUUACUGAAACAUUUGGAUUAUUUUAUAUUUGAGGGAAGAUAGUCCAUGAAUUAAUUUACACUCGCAUGUAAAUUUGCUUACUAAAUUCAGUUGUGCACAUUUGUUCUCU